UUGCUGCUGCUGCUGACUCUGCAACAAAGUCACUCUUCUUCUUCUUCUUCUGCCAACCAAACAUUGGAGCAAUGUUUAAGUGAUACAGACUAUGAGGAAAUGAUGAACAUACUAGAAAAGGGGCUCCCAAAGACACAAACGCCGUCUCGUUUCGUUAUUGUUGGGGCUGGCAUGGCCGGACUCACUGCGGCCAAACUGCUGCAAGAUGCUGGACAUAAGGUCACCAUAUUGGAGGCGACUGAGCGAGUUGGAGGACGGGUGUUGACCCACAGGAACGAAGAAGAGGGCUGGUAUGUCGAAUUAGGGGCCAUGAGGAUUCCAUCUUCUCAUCAAAUUCUCCACAAGUUAAUCCAGCAACUGAAUACUACCGCAACGCCUAUUUACUUGAAUGCCUUCAACAUGACUGAAGGAAACACCUUUUACCUGGUGAAUGGGAAGAAGCACAGGACUUCUGAAGUAAUUAAAAACCCCGACAUCCUGGGUUAUAAUCUACUCCCUGGUGAGAGGAAUAAAUCAGCCAGUGAUCUGCUGGAUGAGGCUUUGGAGGAGGUGAGGCGUGUGGUGGAAAGCAAAGGGUGCAUUGAAGCGCUGAAUCAGUUUGAUCCCUUCUCUGUAAAGCAAUAUCUGGACGAAAAAACCAAUUUGAGUUCAGAGGCAAUCAGGAUGAUCGGCGACAUACUGAAUGAAAACAGCAUCAUGGACAAGGCUCUGACUGAGAUGAUCAUUUUUCAGCAUAAAGGCAAAAAUGUGACAUUAAGUGAAGUGACUGGUGGGAUGGAUCUGAUCCCCAAAGCUUUGUUCCAAGCUCUUAAAAGUAACACCACCAUUUUCAACGCUAAAGUCAAGAAGAUCAGCCACUCAAACAAAACAGUAACAGUGUCUUAUCAGCCUGAAAACGCACAAAGCAGCCUCAAGAGCAUCGAAGCUGAUGCUGUUCUGGUCACAUCCUCUGCUAAAGCAACUCUCUUUAUUGAUUUUGAACCACCUCUUACAAAGCCUAAAAUGGCGGCUUUGAAGUAUAUGCACUAUGGAAGCUCCACCAAAGUAAUCCUCACCUUCAGCGAGAGAUUCUGGGAGAGAGAUGGCAUCUAUGGAGGAAAGAGCGUCACAGACCGGCCAUCUCGAUUCAUCUACUACCCCAGUCAUGGAUUCCCAGGAAACAAAACGAUUGGCGUCCUCCUGGCUUCCUACACCUGGGCUGAAGACUCCCGCAACUUUGUGAGUUUGACGGAUGAAGACCUGAAAGAGGUUAUUUUGAAAGACCUGGCACUGAUCCACGGCGAGAAGGUUUGGUCUCUCUGCACGGGCGUGCUGGUCAAGAAGUGGAUUCUGGACCCUCACAGCAUGGGCGCCUUCGCUCUCUUUGCACCCUAUCAGCACGUGGAGUACGCCAAGCUGCUCUUCAAGAGCGAGGGCCAGAUUCAUUUUGCUGGUGAGCACACAGCGUUCCCUCACGCUUGGAUUGAGACGGCUAUGAAAUCUGCAAUCAGGGCUGCUAAGAACAUGACGAAGGCACCAAGUCCUGCGGAUACAGACACGGCCAGAGAUGAGCUGUGAGCUCUUUAACCUUGUAUCAGUAGCUGUUUUUGGGAACUUUUUUUAAUUUGUUAUUAAUGAUUUUUAACUGAAACCUUUUCACCAUCAUUACCUCUGUAUGUUUUAAAGUAGUAUAAAUGUUGGUGGUUUUCACUACCCGACUGGCUCCAGAUUUUUGGUCCAAGUCACUGAUGCAAUAAACUAACAUUAAGCAGAUAAGAGUUCAAAUUAAAACAUCUGUAAAAAAGUAUAAAUUGCUUUAUUAUUUUAGUCACAUUAAAUAAAUAAGAACUAUAAGGUCAAAAACGUUCUGUAGUAUAUGUCCUUAAAUGAGUUUUUCCUUUCUCAUCUUUCUUUUUUCAAGAUUCAAAGUUCCCAUUAACAAAAGAAUCCUUGCAACAUUGUUCUGAGUUUCUGCAUUUAAAAAAAUAAUUAAAAAAUAACUGCAUGUGUGAAGUAUGACUCUUUUUCUUAUUUAUGGAUCAGGAUCCACUACUGUAGCCCCACUAGACACGGUAAAUUAUUGUGAUGUGCUUAGAUGCAUUUAGUUUGAAUUAAGUUUCUCACCUGAACAGAACAGAGACAGUGCAAUCCAAAAGGUCUAUUCAUCUUGAGCCUUUCCAUAUUUUGUCAUUUUCCAACCACCGGCUUUAUGGUAAAUUACCAGGUUUACUUAAACUGGGUGGAGCAAGAGUGUAGAUAAACCCAUGGUGCAUCUCGAGAACCUGCAGAUUGACAGUUGUUGGUUAGAACAACAGUUAGUUGUUCUAAUAAUCUGGUUUUCUGAAAAGGCAAGGCACUUAUCCCCACAUUGCCUACCGAGCUGCGUCUCAGUGUAUGGGGAGUGUUGGC